AUGGCUACAGAAACUUGCGAAUACCAAGUAAUCAACGGCGGGGUCCCGGCCGGGGAUGCGGACGUUUCUGGUAUUGGCGUGGUUCUGGCUUUCAUUGUCAGCGCCUAUGUCACAUUUUUCGCUGUUCUCACAGCGUAUAUCAGCGGUCUGGUAGAUCGCUCGCUGCUUGGACCUAUCGACACCGAAGUCUUCUGCAUUAUCUUCUGCAUUACACCUUUUAUGCCACAUCGACCAUCUAAUUGGUCUCGAGCACAAAAAUACCUCCGCAAAGGCGUACUGGCGCUCAGUGACCAACAGAUUGUCACAGGUGUUGCAAUCAUGGGCGCCGGUUUCCAGGGCUUACGAACUGGCUCUAUAUCCGUAUACCAUUUCCAGGUCGUGCUUUAUCUAGCAUGGAUGUCAAGCAGUGUGCACCUCUCGGCUAUCACUCUGCUUCAGUCGUAUCUGCACAAACGCCGAGGUAUCUUGAUUUGGCGACUCUCUGGCAUGAUGACACUACUUAUUAUGCUAAUUAUCGGCCUCGUCCCUACCGUUAGUAACGACUGGGGGGUUUUCUGGUGGGAGGGCGUAUUGGACGGGCGAACUGGCUGGGCCGUCCCCGCAAAAUGCUUCUGGCUGAAGCUUUGGGGCGAUGGCGUUGGCCCAGACGCACCGCUCGGGUUCAUUAUUCUGGCCGUUACCUACGCCUGGAAGAUAGGCGGUAUUUUCGACUGGCCCACUAGGGCAUACCGUCGCUACCUUCGAAAUCCUUUCGAAGACAUCUCGUUCAGGCUUCUCAAGGCUUUGGCGAUGAGACUGCAUCGCAGUGGACAUCCAAUUUGGCUAUGGAUAUUUCGUCUCUUUUUCGCCGCUGUAUUUCCGAUGCUGGCCUGCCUCGAGUUUGCGUCAUCAUUCGCUGCUUCCAUCUGGCUGUCAGUCACAAGUCUGGUUUAUGGCACCAUUCAGAUUCUUGUUCCAAGAGCGCAGAUGCUCCCUUAUACAGGAUCUACAGAGAGUUCGUGGGGCUUUGGACAGUUGGUUCCGCUCAUUCUACUCGCACAACCUCUGGGUGUCGUGUUUGAGUUUCUAUGGUCUCGUGACAAGCCAGAGCAGGGCAUUAACGAGGAGGCCAGCUGGACUGACUCCUCCGCAGGUAAACCCAACGUCUCAACAUCCCUGAAAAAAGCUCAGAUGAAGAAGUACAAGUCUCUUCUGGGAAUCUUUAUCGACCCGGCAGAACAUAAUACCGAAGCCAAGGAAGUGAGGUCGCACAUAUGGGCUGUAUUCUUCAGCAGCAAGUUGUUUGCCGCGAUGGUUUAUCUUCUGCAGAUUGCACUGGCCGGUAUAUGUACUAUGGUGUUCUACUUUGAUGCCGGAACUAUCGGCAGCCGAAGGUCGGAUAAUUGGCAGUUCAUUCUGAGUGCUAUUGGUGUCUUUGCUGGUGCCGGCUUCUGCCUGGCCACGUAG